UGGGAUGGCUCUUCAUGAAGUCUGCAUAUUACUGUUGCUAAUUCCUGGUUUGGUUACUCCAGCUGCCUUCAACCAUGAAGACUACCCUGCUGAUGACGGCGAACAGAUCUCAAAUAAUGAUAAUAACCUGAUCUUUGAUGACUAUCGGGGGAAAGGCUGUGUGGAUGACAGUGGUUUUGUAUACAAACUGGGAGAGCGGUUUUUUCCAGGGCAUUCCAAUUGUCCAUGUGUCUGUACUGAGGAUGGGCCUGUUUGUGACCAACCUGAAUGCCCCAAAAUCCACCCAAAGUGUACUAAAGUGGAACACAAUGGAUGUUGUCCAGAAUGCAAAGAAGUGAAGAACUUUUGUGAAUACCAUGGGAAAAGUUAUAAAAUCUUGGAGGAAUUUAAGCCCUCUCCAUGUGAAUGGUGUCGCUGUGAGCCCAGCAAUGAAGUUCACUGUGUUGUAGCAGACUGUGCUGUCCCUGAAUGUGUCAAUCCAGUCUAUGAACCGGAACAGUGUUGUCCAGUCUGCAAAAAUGGAUAAAGAAGACACAGAAAAUUUGGAAGGAGAAGAGAUGAGAGAAGACUUCAGAUGCAUUUCUCUGAAGAGUUGUUUGGAUCCCUGGGGAAAUCCCGCUAGAAACAAACAAACAAAAAGUCAGCUAUUGCUUUUUUAAAAAAAGAAAAGAAAAGAAAAAAAUGUAACCUGGAUCAAUUAUUAAGCAACCAAAUUUGGGGAUUUUUUUUCCCUGAAAUGUGUUAUUCAUAAACAGUGGGAAAACAUGAAUCCUACAGUGCUUUAUUUACCUGUUUCAUCUGAUUGGGAAAGUUAACAGCAUUCGUCUUUCAUCCUUGUAAUCAAAGAAAUGUAACCAACUGAUCAUCUCUGAUCUUAUACUUUUCAUGGUGCUAUGAUGAAAUCCAUAUUAGUCUUCUCUCAGUGCUACUCCACCAAUUAUUAAUCAUUCUGAAUCCUUGCUUAACAAUGUUAUGAAUAAAUCUGCCACCACCAGCCUUCAUUUCCCCCAUAAUUUUGGGUUGUAGUCAACUGAAUUUGGUUGUAUGCACCAGUGGAAUGGAUCCCUCUCUGCCCACUCCCAUCUUUUUCCAGAAGGUUUGAAAAUCCUCUGGAGUGCAUUUAAGAAAGAUCGGGAAGACCACAGGUUGGAAAUCCAUUUGCACGAGGUUAGAUGUUGUGCCUUAUUUCAGGUAACCUUGAGAAAUGGAAGCAUCAUGAAGAAAUGCCAAACACUGA